UGUAUCCGUGACGUCACGCCAGCCGAAGCCGCCGUUAUCACCACUGCUUCUUCUCCUUCCCUUCCCCUUAACCCCUCUCGCACAACGCUACAUUAACCGCGCUAUCGCUAUAAAGUUUUGUCUUGGCCCAGCCACGGCCCUGGCGUGUUCGUUUCAAUGGCGACGAGGGUGGGACGAAAGCGGGGCGUCAACUCCGUCCGUCAUGGCCGCCGCACCCACGGGAGGAUACGCCAGCCCGCCGCAGUUCGACGAGACGAGCGACAAGUGGCCCGCGUACCAGGUUCGGCUGGAAGCCUUCUUUGAGGGAAAUGGCAUCACGGAAGACAACAAGAAGCGGGCCCUGCUGGUGACUGCACUGUCCACCCACACCGUCGACGUACUGAGCGGACGUUGUGCUCCGGAUAAGGUGAAUGAACUGUCGUACCCACAAGUGAUAGCCUUGCUUAAGCAGCACUUCUCGCCGCAACCGAACGAGAUAGCACAGUCUUAUAAGUUCUUCACCCGCAAUCAGCUGCCCGGCGAACCGGUCAAGUAUUUUAUCGUGGCGAUUCGACAGAUAGCGGACACCUGCAAUUUUGGUGCUUCGUUGGACAGAAUGCUAAGAGAUCGCAUCGUGUGUGGUCUGCACAACGUCGGAGUGCGUCGGCAGCUACUCGCGAAAACCACAGCUGACGAGGAGCGAAGCGGAAGAAAUUGCGAUAUCUACCGAAAUGGCCGAGGCCAACGCGCAAGAGAUAGUAAGACCCACCGCUGAGGCAAGUGUGCAUGCGCUGGGAGGCCAGUCCUAUCGCCCACGAAGCCGGCCACAGA